AUGGCGGGACGAAACCAAAAAGAGUCGGCGUCAGAGUCAGAGACAAAUACUCGUAAUAACAACAACUCAACCUCAUCGUCACAUCAUGGACAAACGAAUUUAUCGUCAUCAACAACAAAUGGAGGAGGAGCAGCAGCGGCAAGUACGGGGAGUACAGCUGCUAGUAGUACUAGCAGCAAAACGUCACAGAAAAUGAAGAACCAAUUAGCACUUCAGCAACAGCAAAACUUUUUACAGAAACACAUCAACUCAAAUGGGCCCCAGGAUAAACCACGCAUUGAUCCCUUAGAUUUCGAAUCAAUGAAUGUAUCGACAUUGUUGAAAUAUAGCGAACGGUACGGUUUCAAUUUGCCGCGUCCCGAAUUGAUCAAUUCCGAUAUUUUGAACUCGGAAAUCGGGAAAAAGACUUUUAGCAAGCGAAACCAGCUAAAGAAGCAAAAGUUAUUUAUCCAAGAAAUGGAAAGACAACGGGAAAGGGAAAGUCGAAUGGAGGGGGAAAACGGCCAAGACCAAGAACAACAACAACAACAACAACAGCAUUAUUACCAAAGACAUAUAAUGAGUGGGAACCGAAUUAGUAAGAAGGAAUUUGCUAAUCAUGUAAAGAAUCAUUUCUUGAGUUUAACUGCAAAAGAGAAUGAUAUAAUUACGGGCUUUUUAUAUAAGGUGAAACAUCAAGAUAAGGAGUUUAAACUUACUUUUCAAUAA